UGCGAAUUGGCCUACCCAUGCCGAUCGCACAGUUUAAAGACCAUCGCUCAAACAAAAGCACCUCGGCGACGACAUCCGCCGCCCGGGAGUUUCCGGAAGCUGAUCGUUCCGGUCAUACGUCACUCUUCAAGACCUUCAGAUCAGCAUCGACCAACCGCAACGAUAUCGACAGCUUUCGUUGUGAAUACCUCACCCUACUUGCUCAGGGCCUCCCACAACCUUGGUUCGAACAUCUAUAAAGCAAUCGCAAUACCAUUUUGAUAUCUCAGCUUUGGACGCUGCAGAUCGAUAUACAGCUAUACAGCAAUGGCCGACGUACAACCCGCCGCACAGGAAGCACCUGUCCCUUUCUACAAGACCGUCAAGCGGUCGUUCAAAGAUGUCUCCCUCGAUCCUGGAGUCAAUACGGACGAAUUCUGCGAGGCCACUGAUGCUGUUGUCGCCUUCUUCGACCUGUUCAACAACAAGGCUUUCCAAGUUGUCCAGAACGACCUAUCUACGAAGAAUGCGAAAGUUAGAGAACGACGGAAGAUGCACCCGGAGACUUCGGUUACACUGGAAGAUAUUCUUCGGAACGAGAAGGAAAGUGGUGACAUGUUUGCGACGGGGGCUUUGACUUGGCUGCUUCGCGGGCUCCGAUUCACAAGUCUCGGGCUUCGGGAGAACAUGAACAACGAGAAGGAAGAGUUGUCUACCUCUAUGUCGCGGGCAUACGAUCAGAGCUUGAGACCCUUCCAUGGUUUCAUGAUCCGGCCGUUGUUCAAGCUCGCCAUGAACGUCUGCCCGUAUCGAGCCAAAUUCUACCCGUCUUUGGGCGAACCUACCGAUGUCGUGAUGGCCGAACUGGACGACUGGCUAGCCGGUCUAGAACGGAUAUUGCAGCAAAUGAGCGCGUACUACAAGUCUGGUAACUAUGGAAGCAUCGGAAUGUGAGCAUCCACAUCUCGAGAUAUAGUCGGAGUCUAGAAUAUGCCUAUCUGUAAUCCUGUAAUUUCUUGGUGCCUCGCAUGCCUUUUGAAUCAUAAUCCAGCGGUCAAGCGAUAUCGAUAUCGAUCUGUCGAUGAUGAUGUUACGAACCCUCGAGUGGGACGCGACGAGUCUCAUCUCUGCGAAAUGUAAACAAGUUGCAAGUUGACUGACGAUCAACCACCUCGAC